AUGGAAGAGAUUCUGCAGACAUGUACGCCCGGGGCCAGGAGAGCCGAGGGGUGGAGCCUGCGAACUGACCGGCUUGGGGUGCCAGCUCCCGGGAAGGCUGGGCCGGUGAAGAAGCGCGAGGCCUUCCAGAGAGUAAGCUUCUUGUACCAGGCCGCCCACUGCGUCGCGCCGGACCCUAAGAACCAGGCUCUGGCGAGGUUUUAUUGCCACACGGGGAGGACAAUUGCAAAGCCGCUCGUCCUACCGCGGGACCCUUCGGUGAAGAGGACCCUCUGUCGUGGCUGCUCUUCCCUUGUCAUCCCGGACCUGACCUGCACCCAGCGCCAGAGACAUGACCACAAGGGACAGCGCUGGACAGUAUAGACCUGCCUAACAUGCCAGUGCAGCCAACGAUUCCUCAGUGAUCCCAGUCAUCUGCUCUGGGGAGACCGGCCUGAAGCCCAGCUGGCAACAGAGACAGAUCCCAAACCACCACAGCCCCUGCCAAGCACAGGUCACCUCAUUCCAGAGGAGAAAGUGCAACCUAGAGCCCCAUCACCAGUGAUGAAUUCAUCCUGUCUACCAAAGAAAUAA